AUGGGCAUAUGGCCUUACCGUAGCGGAUUCAGAGGAGAGGUGUUGGGGGAGAGGGGUGGGGGUAGAGGGAUGGGGGGUUGGGUGGGGGAGAGAAGGGGAGGGGGAGGGGGAGGGGUUGGGGGGAGGGGGAGGAGAGGGGAGGAGGAGUGGAGGGAAGGGGGAGGGGAGUGGGGGGGAGGGGAGUGGAGGGAAGGGGGAGGGGGAGGGAGAGGAGAUGGGAGGGGGAGUGGAGGGAAAGGGGAGGGGGAUUGGAGGGAAGGGGGAGGGGGAGGGGGACUAAGGGGC